AUGAAGCCAUCGGCGCUCUCCCCGGAGAUCGCGAGGAACGUUGAAGAUUUGGUGGCCAAGGACCAGCCGUUCAGCAUCGCCGACUACAUCUCAUCAGGACCGGAUAUUCUUGCUGCUGCCCUGCGGAAACAUGUUGAGGAGGAAGCUCAUGAUCUCGGCGGCAAAGAUCUCCCAAGGGUUAUGGAUCAGCUCUAUGAGCAGAUAUCUCGUUUAUUGCAAAGCAGUGAUUCUACUAAAAUUUUGCUGGCCCUUCAUGCUAUCGUUGCUUUGAUUGAUUUACCCUUUGGAGGUCCUUCAAAGUUUACCAAGCUCGCUAAUUUCUUAAGAAAUGUGUUUGAAGUCAAGCGUGACCCUGAAAUCCUAGUUCCAGCUAGCACGGUGCUUGGUCAUCUUGCAAAUGUUGGGGGAGCACUAACUGCACGCCAAGUUGAGCAACAGAUUAUUACAACUGCGUUAGGGUGGCUUGGUGAGGAUCGAGUGGAAUAUCGUCGCUUCGCAGGUCUCCUUAUUCUCAAAGAGAUGGCUGAAAAUGCAUUCACGGUUUUGAAGAAUUAUGUCCCUGAAUUUUUUGACGCUAUGCUGAUUGCAUCAAGGGACCCAAAAUUGGUUAUUCGGGAACGAGGAGCUGAAGCCUUGCGUGCUUUUGCGCAUUCCAACAUGAAGGCGGCGGCGGUUUGCACGUCAAAGAAGGCGAAACUGGAUGGAAUCGAUCUUCUCAGCCUCCUCCCAGAUAGUAUACUCUGCACCAUCAUCUCUUUCCUCCGCACGGACGAUGCCGUGCGCACUUCUGCCCUUUCUCGCCGCUGGUGUCACCUGUGGCGCUCUGCUCCGCUUAACCUUGACACUGCACAUAUCCGUGGGUAUUGUCCCGAGCAGAUUAAAGUUGUAACCAAGAUUCUCUCCCAGCACCAGGGCCCGAUACGCCGCCUCCACCUCCACAGCCUCUACUUUGCUGACCUUGAUCGUUGGUUCAGGUCCCCAGCCCUUGAUAAUCUUCAGGAGAUCGACAUCUGGGUCGCUAGGUUUGAUGAUCCGCUGCCACUGUCUGUGCUCCGCUUUGCUCCGACCCUCCGUGUAGCCCUCAUUGCCCACUGCAGCCUCUUCGAGGAUGGGGACCCAGUAUUUAAUUUCCCACACCUGAAAACACUCGCCCUGGGCUCCCUUUCCAUAUGGGAAGACACUCUCCACAGCAUUCUUUCAGGAUGCCCUGUCCUGGAGAGCCUGAUGCUUAACAAUUGUGCUGGUUUCAAACGCUUGGUGAUCAACUCACCAACACUUAGAAGCCUCGGUGUCUGUGAUGAUCGCCAUAUGAAGGAAUUAGUCAUCCAGAAUGCCCCUUGCCUGGAAAGAUGUGUCAGGACUAAUUUGUUUCGUACUACACCAGUCAUCGAGGUAAUCAGGGCACCGAAACUGGAGAUCUUGGGCUCACUAGCAGUCAACUUUGAUAAGCUCAAGCUUGGAACCACAGUUUCGCAGGAAAUGGGUCGUUGCAACUUGAAAAUGUCAAUGCACAGUGUGAAGAUUUUACAUCUCACGUCUAGUGGCCCUAACCUUGAUGCAGUUGUUGCCUUCCUCAAAGUAUUUCCUUGCUUGGAGAAGCUAUAUAUCAUGUCAACUCUGCAGAUGGAUAUGGAAAAUGUGCACCAUCUAGACCCAACAGAUCCAGUUGAAUGUCUUGACCAUCUCAGAUACGUGGAGUUGAAGUGUUACAUGGGCAAGAAGCCAGAUGUCGAUUUUGCCAAGUUUUUUGUUCUGAAUGCUAAGGUGCUCGAGUUAAUGAAAUUCGUUGUUAAGGACAAAUGCACUCAGAAAUGGAUAACUAAUCAGUACAAGCAGCUACAGUUUGAUAGCAGGGCUUCUCAAAAUGCUCGAUUUGAGUUUGGGUCUUACAUUGGCCGUGCAUAUCCUACCGGUUGUUUCCGAGUCGGAGGCUUUGAGUUUGGAUCUGGUCACACUGGCAAGCGAAGAGUAGUCCAUCAGCAUGAUGAUCAUGUCUUGUCCAUGGCUGAUCCCUUCGAUAGCUCUUCUUGUGGACUGUGCAGAAUAGUCCUUCACCAUGAUGAUAACGUCCUAUGAAUGUUUUUGAAGAUCUUAACACCUGUUAGUGACCAUCUUAAGAGUUUUGGGUCAACACUUAAGUUGUAGCCAGUUUGGCGUGCCAUGUUUAA